AACAGAUUCGGAGUCUUCAAAUCCCUACAACCCAUACACCAUGGCAUCCGUUUACAAGACUAUUUCGAAGAAGGCAGCUCGUCAGCUGGCCAAGGAGGAGGAGUUUGAUGAGGAGGAUAUCGAGAUGGAGGAAUUUCUCGACAAUGCCGACGACACCACCGACAGUGAAAGCGAUGAAGAAACUACGACCGAAUCGGCCAAGAAGCAGCUCGCUCAGGGAUUCAUGCCCAAGACUCGUGUACUGAUGCUGACAUCUCGAGGUGUGACAUACCGCCAUCGACACCUGCUCGCCGACCUUGCGUCUCUGCUCCCCCACACUCACAAGGAAAGCAAACUCGACACCAAGAAGAAGACCGCUGGAUACAACCUGCUCCUUAACUCUCUCGCCGACCUUCACUCCUGCAAUGUGAUUUUCUUCCUCGAGGCUCGUAAGCAGGGUCAAGACUUGUACCUUUGGCUUGCUCGCCCUCCCAACGGACCGACGAUCAAGUUCCACGUCGCCAACUUGCACACAAUGGCCGAAUUGAAUGCUGGAUUCAGCGGCAACUGCCUCAAGGGUGGCCGUGGUCUUGUUGUUUUCGAUCGCUCUUUCGACGAACAGGGUCCGCUCAUGAGCCAACCCGGCAACGAAUACCGGGGUCUGAUCAGAGAGAUGCUGCGCGGUGUUUUCUGCGUCCCUAAGCGUGGUGUUAAGGGCAUGAAGCCGUUUAUUGACCGCAUCAUUGGUGUGUUUGGUGUGGAUGGCAAGAUCUGGAUCCGUGUCUACGAGAUCCGCGAGUCUGAGGCUGGAAAGAAGUCUGAGGAUGGUGCAGAUGCCAAGCCCGCUCCCAAGAGCAAGGACGGUCAGCCGGAGGUUUCUCUGGUCGAGAUCGGCCCCCGCUUUGUUCUUACGCCUAUUGUCAUCUUGGAGGGCAGCUUUGGCGGUCCUGUCAUCUAUGAGAACAAGGAGUACGUGAGCCCGAACCAGGUCCGUCGCGAGGUCCGCAUGAGCAAGGCUGCUCGCUACGCCAAGCGCAGAGAUGUGCAGACCGACCGGUUCGCGAAGCGGUCGACCCUGGGACUGGGAGAAGGCGAGAGGAAGCCGGAUGCGCUCGACACGAGGCAACUAUUUAACGGCGGGUCUCCCUUUGCCUGCCCCGGAUUUCCUCAGCGCAACUGCACCCUUUCGCUCGUCAUCAUGGCAUCCCUUUCGCAAUACAGCGCUGGGUGGUUGCUGGGUGCUCAUGCACCUUCUUCCACAAUGGCCUCCACUCUGUCUUGCUUCCACUGUGAAUUGAUCACCCCCAAGGGCGGGCUAUUGCUCCAUAUAUUUCGCUCAUGCGAUUCAGUCACCGAUGUUAUGAACCUUGCAAUGACUUGCCGGCGACUUCAUACCGUUUUCCACCGGUCCAAUAAGCUACAAACCCUCGUUGAUGUUGCCGAGUCUGAGUUCGGUCCAUUGGAUGAUAUCAUCCAGAUCCGUGCCCAACUCUUGCACAACUGGUCUACAGCCGAGCUGGCGGAGAUUGAGGACGUGCGUUUAAUCAUCGGUGAUAUUGUGCAGAACCACAUCUGUCCCAGCAACGGGACCAUUCAACGCAAGUUCCGAAAACGCUAUCCGGAAAGUAACCAUCAAUUGACGUUCAAUAUCCAUCUAAAUUAUCCUUCGAGCAGUAGUCCCGCUGGUGCACCUAGUCUGUUCGAGAAGAACCCCAAUUCGGCCGAGCAGUAUUUCCACACCGCGCACCCUAGCAACUUCACUGAAUCGCCCGCUAAAUAUAAGUCGCGGUUUCGGAACGAUUACUUCCAUGACCCUGGUUCUGAGGGUUGGGGUGACGAGAUCCCACAUUAUUAUGUUGUGCAAGACAUGCUGAAACUCGAUCCAGGCCAGGUGAUCUGGCUACGGGAGCAUGCACUUCUCAAGGAACAGGUGGAGACUUAUGUACGCUCUUUUGGGGACUGGUUCCGCGACAAUGGCGAGACCUUUGGCGAUACGCUAGAGUGGGUGAUGAAAGAGCGGGGAGAUGAUAUUGAUGAGUUUCGAGCUGCUAUUGCAGACCGGGAGCUAGGCGUGGUGUGGGAUUGA